CUUUCCGAGCUGUAUCCGGGUCGUUGCUUUCCCUAUUGUCUCAAGCAACCGGCCUCGGACUGUGUCAGUUACGUGGGUCUUUUGUUGCUUUCUGGUGCAGGCUAAUAAAGUUUAAAAAAUUAUUUUUUCUAGUCGUUUUAACGGGGGGGAAUCGCUUCCCCAGGGCCGGAGGGCUGGCCGCGCUGCCAGAGCCGUCGGGCGCACCGUGGGGAGGGGAGCUAGCGGCCGAGGCCGGGUCUGCGAGGGUUGGGGGGCGGGGGGCGGGAGGGGACGGCGGGGCCGGCGUGCCGGGGGCUCCCGAGGCCGGUCCGAGGCGCCGCUUUUAAAUAGCAUCUUCGGACUUGUUUCCGCGGUCCCAGUCCCCGACCUCGGCGCUGCUCGGGCUCUCGCAGCCUCUGCUUAGGUCUUCUCCAAACGACCACCUCACGGAUUCCUUAUGGAUCGCAGCUCCAAGAGGAGGCAGGUGAAGCCUUUGGCAGCUUCUCUGCUAGAAGCUCUCGAUUAUGAUAGUUCAGAUGACAGUGACUUUAAAGUUGGAGAUGCCUCAGAUUCAGAAGGGAGUGGUAAUGGAAGUGAAGAUCCCUCAAAGGACAGUGGAGAAGGUUCCUGUAGUGAUUCUGAAGAAAAUAUUUUGGAGGAAGAACUAAAUGAAGAUGUUAAAGUUAAAGAAGAACCACUUAAAAAUUCGACAGAGGAAGAAAUACUGUCAUCGGAAAAACAGUUAAUUAAAAUAGAAAAGAAAGAGGAGGAAGAAAAUGGAGAAAAACCUAGAAAGAAAAAGGAGAAAGAGAAGGAAAAAGAGAAGGAGAAAGAAAAAGAGAAAGAGAAGGAGAAAGAGAAGGAGAAAGAAAAAGCAACAGUAUCUGAUAAUGUGGCUGCUUCUGCUGCUGCCAGCACACCAGCCACAAGUCCUCCUACUGUUAACACUUCUCCUUCUGCCCCCACCACAACAGCAACUACAGAGGAACAAGUCAGUGAACCCAAAAAGUGGAACCUUCGUCGAAAUCGGCCACUUUUGGAUUUUGUUUCCAUGGAAGAACUGAAUGACAUGGAUGAUUAUGACAGUGAAGAUGACAAUGAUUGGCGACCCACCAUAGUAAAGAGAAAGGGAAGAUCUGCAUCUCAGAAAGAGGGAAGUGAUGGAGACAAUGAGGAUGAUGAAGAUGAGGGAAGUGUGAGUGAUGAGGAUGAGAAUGACGAAGGCAAUGAUGAAGAUCAUAGCAGUCCUGCCAGUGAAGGGGGUUGCAAGAAGAAGAAGAGUAAAGUUCUUAGCAGAAACAGUGGUGAUGAUGAGGAACUGACCAAUGAUAGCCUGACACUAUCUCAAAGCAAGAGUAAUGAGGACUCGCUGAUUCUUGAGAAGAGUCAAAACUGGAGUUCUCAAAAAAUGGACCAUAUUAUGAUUUGCUGUGUUUGUCUUGGAGAUAAUAGCGGGGAUGCUGAUGAAAUAAUUCAGUGUGACAAUUGUGGCAUUACAGUCCAUGAAGGUUGCUAUGGAGUUGAUGGAGAGAGUGACUCUAUUAUGAGUUCAGCUUCUGAAAACUCCACCGAACCUUGGUUUUGUGAUGCCUGUAAAUGUGGUGUUUCCCCUAGCUGUGAACUGUGCCCCAAUCAGGAUGGAAUUUUCAAGGAGACAGAUGCUGGAAGAUGGGUUCACAUUGUUUGUGCCCUAUAUGUUCCUGGAGUAGCCUUUGGAGAUAUUGACAAAUUACGACCAGUAACACUAACAGAAAUGAACUAUUCCAAAUAUGGUGCCAAGGAGUGUAGCUUCUGUGAAGACCCUCGUUUUGCAAGAACAGGAGUUUGUAUCAGCUGUGAUGCAGGGAUGUGCAGAGCUUAUUUCCAUGUGACCUGUGCCCAGAAGGAAGGUCUGCUUUCAGAGGCAGCUGCUGAAGAGGAUAUUGCAGACCCAUUUUUUGCUUAUUGUAAGCAGCACGCAGAUAGACUAGACAGAAAAUGGAAGAGAAAAAACUAUUUGGCACUACAGUCCUAUUGUAAAGUGUCUUUAAAAGAGAGAGAGAAACAACUCUCACCAGAGGCACAGGCAAGGAUCAAUGCCCGGCUUCAGCAAUAUCGUGCCAAAGCAGAGCUAGCUCGAUCCACAAGACCCCAGGCCUGGGUUCCCAGGGAAAAGCUGCCCAGACCACUCACUAGUAGUGCUUCAGCCAUUCGUAAACUGAUGCGGAAAGCAGAACUCAUGGGAAUUAGUACAGAUAUCUUCCCAGUGGAUAAUUCAGAUACUAGUUCUAGUGUGGACGGAAGGAGAAAACAUAAACAACCAGCGCUCACUGCUGAUUUUGUGAAUUACUAUUUUGAGAGAAAUAUGCGCAUGAUUCAAAUUCAGGAAAACAUGGCUGAACAAAAGAAUAUAAAGGAUAAGUUAGAGAAUGAGCAAGAAAAGCUUCAUGUGGAGUAUAAUAAGCUCUGUGAAUCUUUAGAAGAACUACAAAACCUAAAUGGCAAACUUCGAAGUGAAGGACAAGGAAUAUGGGCCUUACUAGGCAGAAUCACAGGGCAGAAGUUGAAUAUACCAGCAAUUUUGCGAGCACCUAAGGAGAGAAAACCAAGUAAAAAAGAAGGAGGCACCCAAAAGACAUCUAUUCUUCCUGCAGUGCUUUAUAGUUGUGGAAUUUGUAAGAAGAACCAUGACCAGCAUCUUCUUUUAUUAUGUGAUACCUGUAAACUCCAUUACCAUCUUGGAUGUCUGGACCCUCCUCUUACAAGAAUGCCACGAAAAACAAAAAACAGUUACUGGCAAUGUUCAGAAUGUGACCAAGCAGGGAGCAGUGACAUGGAGGCAGAUAUGGCGAUGGAGACCUUACCAGAUGGGACCAAACGGUCCAGGAGGCAGAUUAAGGAACCAGUGAAAUUUGUUCCACAGGAUAUGCCCCCAGAACCAAAGAAGAUUCCUAUAAGAAACACGAGAACCAGAGGACGGAAACGGAGCUUUAUUCCUGAAGAAGAAAAACAUGAGGAAAGAGUUCCCAGAGAGAGAAGACAAAGGCAGUCUGUGUUACAAAAGAAACCCAAAGCUGAAGAUUUGCGAACUGAGUGUGCAACUUGCAAGGGAACUGGUGACAAUGAAAAUCUGGUCAGCAGGAUGAGAUUGUCUGAAACGAAGAAUAGGUGUGAUGAAUGCAGACUGUGCUACCAUUUUGGCUGUUUGGAUCCUCCUUUGAAAAAGUCUCCAAAACAAACGGGCUACGGAUGGAUAUGUCAGGAGUGUGAUUCUUCAUCUUCUAAAGAAGAUGAAAAUGAAGCUGAAAGAAAAAAUAUAUCUCAGGAGCUCAGCAUGGAACAGAAAAAUCCAAAGAAAUAAAGGAUUUUCUGUAGUGUUUUGAAAAGUGUGCAACUUAUGUAGUAGUAGAUAAAAUUUCUAAUUGUAAAAUGUUAAAUUGUAAAAUCUAAUUUGCAAAUGUUCUCAAUAAAGUCAUUGAAAAUGCAA